GGAGUUCUCGUACUGUAUCAAUCGUGCUGGAUCUCGGACUAACGCUUGACGUGCAUUGAUUCAUGUUCGGGUUACUGAGAUUGUUGCCUCUACGUUAGGCUAAAUGUUCGUUGCACCUUACCUUACUCAUUGAAUAAGCGAUAUCUUCAACGACGUCAUUCACCGGGGCUUUCUGUCUAGAAUUAUAUUCAAUGCUGACUGCUCCGUAAUCAAUGGCAAGAGAUUCGUAGAUUUGAUCCCCCGUUGAGAGCGUGCUCAAUCUCUCUGGACUAAGUGAAAAACAUAACCAUGGAUUCAGCCCCUCCUACAGGCGCCACGGGCGGUCCACAGACAGCCGAUGAAUUGCCCCCAGAGGCCAUUGCCUUAGCAUCAAGGUUUUUCGAGGCAGCUCGCCAUGGGCAGAUGGACAUCUUCGAACAGGCAUUACCACAGGGGCUGCCGGCGAAUUUGACCAAUGAUAAAGGAGAUAGUCUACUGAUGUUGGCAUCUUACCAUGGCCACGAGCCACUCGCUUCGUUACUUGUUCAGCAUGGCGCAGACCCCAACAGACUGAAUGAUCGAGGCCAGUCCAUACUGGCAGGAGUGGUGUUCAAGAAUGAAGCCGAGAUCAUCAAGCUCCUGUUGAAGGCCGGUGCCGAUCCAGAACUGGGUGAGCCAAGUGCACUUGAGGCUACAAGGGUAUUCAGACAAGAAGACUACGAGGGCAUGUUCAGAGAGCAAAUCCAAAAGCUCAAAGAGGCCAGGACUGCGGCAGUAAACGGUCAUUGACGACUGCCUUUGUCAUGAGUCAAGUUUCUUUGAAUUAUAGUCAUAGUCGAAGCGAUGACGGUAGCCGCUGUCAUUAUGUACAACAUUCGUGAUUCAUCAACAUCAUCCCAAAGCCAAUGCAAGAUAUGAUUCUUUCUCGACAUUCACCAACUCCAUGC